AUGCCUGUCCAGGAGGCCGAUCACAAUUACGAUUCAUUGAAUCAGCAUCUACACCCUUUCUACCAGCCAGCUCCGACAGCACAGCAAUUUCCAUCGCAGCACCGCUUCGGCGACGAUGCUGACGAUGUCGCUUCGCACCUCCACCCCCAGUCCAUGUCCUCCCCUCACCUCCCGCUCCUCCCUGCAACCACUUACUCUCCUCCACGUGCUGCCCGCCAGAAUCAACUCUCUCUUACCACUAAUCUGGUAGAUCAGGGUCUCUCGCUAAGCAACGAUGCUCACGACGAACUCUCCCCUGAUCCCCGGGAAUUUUACCUCCAAUACCGUGAUCCCUUUGGCAGCGAUGGCGCCGGCCCCGACGGACCUCGACCUGACCACCGCCUCAUACUCGAGGCGAUCUUCCGCUCAAUCCAACGGCUCGCCCGUCUCCCAACGCUAUAG